AUGGAGAUAACUAAAAUAUCACAACUACCGUACAAAACGAUAGUUGUCAGUAUUAUAAUAUUAAUUCUAUUACUUUUGUAUUCGUUAACAAACAAUGCAGGUGAAACUAAUGAUGACGAAACAACUGUAUCUCUUUGUCAAAUACGUGUUCAAUUCGAUGGAUUGUAUGGAUUCGAUGAUCGAACACUUGUUUCAUUAUUGGCUACAUUAAAAAUGCAUGAUUUUCUUAUUGGGCAACCUGUAUGGGGACCAUCGGAAACUCUUCUUUAUCUAUGUGAACAUCGACUCAAAAUAGGUUUAAAACAAUCAACACUUGAUAAAGAACUACACAAUGUGAUAAAAGAUGGUCCGGUAUCAUCAGGACGUUUUGCUUGGUCGUGUGCUUGA